AGCUCACCAGAUUUGGAUUAAACCAUCGGAUUACAGUAAAAACAGUCGGACGGAGCGAAGAACCGGAGGGCUGUCAGAUCGACCUGAAAACGGUGACUCCCUGUAUUCAGAGAACCGCUCCUAUCAGGAACGGCCUCUCUCUGUCCGCGUCGCUGGGCGGCCCAUGCUCCCGCAGUGCACCAUGGGUAGCUCUCCAGAGGUGCUGUCAUGGGCGUCGUGCCCCAGCCUGCUUGUUGGCAAGCUGAAGGAGGAGCUAAAGAACACUGUGGUGGGGGACAGUGUUAAGAAAACUUCCUCUCCCAACACGCCAGCCCCUCCCCUUCCUCUUCCUCCCCAGAUCAUCACAGAUCUAGCUCCUCCCACACACCUCCUGGUUCCCCUGAUGACGCUCGCCCCACCCCAAGGCCAGGACGAGGAGGCUGUACUGGGCACCAGCCCACCAAUCACAGCGCUAAGUGAGGACUCUGGGCGAGAGCAGAGACACUUUGACAACAGCGUGCUCCAAUUUCAGGAGCACGAGGAGGCGGAGUCACCGGCGUCAUGUGACCAGGAGGGGUGUGGCAGCGGGGGCGAGGGCGACGGGACAAGGGAAGGGUUGUGUCCCAUCCACCAACACAGCCCCGGGUCUGGAACACACAACCACCCUCAUCCUCACGACGACAUCAAACUGCACUUCCACAGAGCCCCGGGCGCAGGGGGCUUUCUGGAGGGCUUGUUCGGAUGUCUGAGGCCCGUCUGGAACAUCAUCGGGAAAACCUACAGCACGGAAUACAAGCUGCAGCAGCAAGACAUGUGGGAGGUCCCGUUUGAGGAGAUCUCUGAGCUGCAGUGGCUGGGCAGCGGGGCGCAGGGCGCUGUCUUCCUGGGGAAGCUCCACGGCAGCGAGGUGGCCAUCAAGAAGGUCCGUGAGCAGAAGGAGACAGACAUCAAACACCUGAGGAAGCUCAAACACCCCAACAUCAUCGGCUUCAAGGGUGUGUGCACCCAGGCUCCGUGCUACUGUAUCUUAAUGGAGUAUUGUUCCCAGGGCCAGCUCUAUGAGGUUCUGAGGGCAGGACGGAAGGUAACCCCCAGACUGCUGGUGGACUGGGCCUCAGGGAUCGCCUCUGGGAUGAACUACCUGCACCUUCACAAGAUCAUACACAGAGACCUCAAGUCCCCCAACGUGCUGGUGACCCAACAAGAUACCGUGAAGAUCAGUGACUUCGGGACGUCCAAGGAGCUCAGCGAUAAGAGCACUCAGAUGUCGUUCGCCGGUACGGUGGCCUGGAUGGCCCCAGAGGUCAUCAGGAACGAACCGGUGUCUGAGAAAGUAGACAUCUGGUCGUUCGGCGUGGUGUUAUGGGAGCUGCUGACCGGAGAGAUCCCCUAUAAAGACGUGGACUCCUCGGCCAUCAUCUGGGGCGUUGGGAGCAACAGCCUUCACCUUCCCGUUCCCUCUACCUGUCCCGAUGGGUUCAAGAUCCUCAUGAAGCAGACGUGGCAAGGGAAGCCCAGAAAUCGUCCAUCAUUCCGUCAAAUCCUGCUCCAUCUGGACAUCGCCUCGGCGGAUAUCCUGGGAGCUCCUCAGGAGACCUACUUCAAGUCUCAGUCUGAGUGGAGGGAGGAGGUGAGGAAACACUUUGAGAAGAUCAAGUCUGAAGGAACCUGCAUCCACCGAUUGGAUGAGGAGCUGAUCAAACGCAGGAGAGAUGAACUCAGACACGCCCUGGACAUCAGGGAGCACUAUGAGAGGAAGUUGGAGAGAGCUAACAACCUCUACAUGGAGCUGAGUGCCAUCAUGCUACAGCUGGAGGUCCGCGAGAAGGAGCUCAUCAAGAGAGAGCUGGCUGUGGAGAAGAAGUAUCCAGGUAACUACAAGCGUUCCCACCUGGUGCGUCCCAUCGUCAGGCCCAACGCCGUAGAGAAAUUCAUCAAGAAGAAAGGCAGCAUUUCCCACAAGACUGGGAUGCCCCCUGCUAAGAGGCCAGAUCUGCUGCGUUCCGAAGGCAUCCCCAGUGUGGAGGUGCUCCCAUCCCCCUCGCCCCUCUCUGCCAGCCCCAAGGUUUCCACACCACCUGGCAAGCAGAGGUACCGCAGCAAGCCCCGGCAUCGCCGUGCCAACAGCAAGGGUUCCCACAGCGACUUCCCCGGGGUUCUGAAGACCGGGCCUGGGGCGGAAGACCACUACCAGCACCAGCCUCCAGGGGAGCAGCACUACCAUCAUCCUGCCACCGGGUGUGCUGUCCAAGAGCACUACGAGCACCACCACCACCCUCCACCGCAGGGCCCUCUGCUGCCCCUGAAGAACAGAGAGGAAGCGGUGGUUAACUGUGCCAACAACCUGCGUUACUUCGGCCCGGCCGCGGCCCUGCGAAGCCCCCAGACAGACCACCUCCAACGCCGUCUGUCCGGCGCCAGCCCUGACCUCAUCUCGACGGCCGUGGCGUCAGAUUCACGCCAGCGCAGCAUCUCUGUGUCAGGUCUCAGGGCUCCCAGAGGGAGGGGUGGGACACUGUGCCCCUGCUGCCAGGCACACCCCUUCCCAGGCUGCCUGCACUGCCAGGAGACCCCCCCGGCCCCCAGCCACCCAGAGCUGCCACAUUACUCCCUGCUGUCCACCUGUGAGGGCUCGUCCCCCUCCCUGUCCAGAGUUCCUGACCCCACGGCAGAGGGAGAGCAGCAGGAGAAGCAAGAUACAGCUCGGAAGAGCAGCUUACCCUCUGGAGCUGGCCUCCCACGCAACCUCAGGCCCCUCAGGAAGGCUGGUGAUGAGUCAUCAGAGGAGGAGGAGGGGGAGGUGGACAGCGAGGUGGAGUUUCCACGGAGACAGAGACCUCACCGCUGUAUGAGGUUGUUCCAGUCCUACUCCACCUUCAGCUCAGAGAACCUGUCUGUAUCUGAGGAAGAGGAGGGUAACACCAGCGACCGCUCCCACAGCGGACCCCUGGAGCUCCUCACCGCCUCCCAGGAGGACCAUCUGGAUGAGCUGCUAUCCCACACACCGGACAUCCCCAUCGACAUCAACACCCAGUCAGACGGCCUGUCUGAUAAGGAGUGUGUUGUCCGCAGGGUGAAGACCCAGAUCUCCCUGGGGAAACUGUGUUCUGACGAGCACAGCUAUGAGAACCCGCUGCACUUUGACUCUGACUGUGAUUCCUCUGAUGCGGACUGUUCUGAUGCCACCAUCAAGAACAACCAUCCUGGCGCACGCACCUCCUGGUGAUCAGCCUGGAAUAUCCCGUCUGCCUGGAAAAACUCUGAGCCCCAGGACCCUACAGGGCCAUAGCAACGCCCCUGCAAUAGCUCCUCCCCCUUUCCUGUCUGCAUAGCAACCCCCCCCCCGACAACCUAAGCAGGGAUCCCUUUAUGAAUGGUAUUAGGUAUAUAUAGACAGUAGAUAGAUGAUUGUGUAACAGUUUGAGGGAAAAAUCAGGAACUCUGUAAAACAACAACAAACCUGUUAAUUGUAAGAUACUGGUGAGGAUGAUGAUGAUGAUGAAGAGGAUGCAUUGCGGCUUGGACCAGCCAGAGACUAUAAACUAACCAGUGGGUAACAGUGACUGUGUUACUGUAGGGCUGGGCAGGGUGUCGCUGCACUGGGACUGUCAGUAUUCCGAGAACGGUACUGUCAGUAUUCCAGAAUGGGACUGUCAGUACUCCAGAAUGGGACUGUCAGUACUCCAGAAUGGGACUGUCAGUACUCCAGAAUGGGACUGUCAGUACUCCAGAAUGGGACUGUCAGUACUCCAGAAUGGGACUGUCAGUAUUCCAGAAUGGGACUGUCAGUAUUCCAGAACAGUACUGUCAGUACUCCAGAAUGGGACUGUCAGUAUUCCAGAAUGGGACUGUCAGUAUUCCAGAAUGGGACUGUCAGUACUCCAGAAUUGGACUGUCAGUACUCCAGAAUGGGACUGUCAGUACUCCAGAAUGGGACUGUCAGUAUUCCAGAAUGGGACUGUCAGUAUUCCAGAAUGGGACUGUCAGUAUUCCAGAAUGGGACUCAGUAUUCCAGAAUGGGACUGUCAGUAUUCCAGAAUGGGACUGUCAGUACUCCAGAAUGGGACUGUCAGUAUUCCAGAACAGUACUGUCAGUACUCCAGAAUGGGACUGUCAGUAUUCCAGAAUGGGACUGUCAGUACUCCAGAAUGGGACUGUCAGUAUUCCAGAAUGGGACUGUCAGUAUUCCAGAAUGGGACUGUCAGUAUUCCAGAGUGAGACUCAGUAUUCCAGAAUGGGACUGUCAGUAUUCCAGAAUGGGACUGUCAGUACUCCAGAAUGGGACUGUCAGUAUUCCAGAACAGUACUGUCAGUAUUCCAGAAUGGGACUGUCAGUAUUCCAGAACAGUACUGUCAGUAUUCCAGAAUGGGACUGUCAGUACUCCAGAAUGGGACUGUCAGUAUUCCAGAAUGGGACUGUCAGUACUCCAGAAUGGGACUGUCAGUAUUCCAGAAUGGGACUGUCAGUAUUCCAGAAUGGGACUGUCAGUAUUCCAGAGUGAGACUCAGUAUUCCAGAAUGGGACUGUCAGUAUUCCAGAAUGGGACUGUCAGUAUUCCAGAAUGGGACUGUCAGUACUCCAGAAUGGGACUGUCAGUAUUCCAGAACAGUACUGUCAGUAUUCCAGAAUGGGACUGUCAGUAUUCCAGAACAGUACUGUCAGUAUUCCAGAAUGGGACUGUCAGUAUUCCAGAACAGUACUGUCAGUAUUCCAGAAUGGGACUGUCAGUAUUCCAGAACAGUACUGUCAGUAUUCCAGAAUGGGACUGUCAGUACUCCAGAAUGGGACUGUCAGUAUUCCAGAAUGGGACUGUCAGUAUUCCAGAAUGGGACUGUCAGUAUUCCAGAAUGGGACUGUCAGUAUACCACAGACCCAGACAUGAUUCUAAUUGUGUGAAUUGAACGUCAGAACACAAAGCCCAGCCCCCCACCAACCAUCACUGUCUCUGUAACUGUCUGACUAGUCCAGUAUGAUAUAACCUACCUGCUAAACCAUGACUUUACAGAUGAAUCAGGACUGUAACCCGAACACCCAGCCCAGUGGGACACAGACAUGGGCAAACAACGUCUAAACACCAGCAUGAAACAACAGCCCAACCAUAAACCAACCAUGUCCCAACCAUAAACCAACCAUGUCCCAACCAUAAACCAACCAUGUCCCAACCAUAAACCAACCAUGUCCCAACCAUAAACCAACGGUGGUCCCAAACAUCAGGGAUCCAUUUCAACACAGAUGGUUGGUUGGUUGGGAGAUGGUUGAUACAACGUUGGUUGGUUGGUUGGUUGGGAGAUGGUUGAUACAACGUUGGUUGGUUGGUUGGGAGAUGAUUGAUACAACGUUGGUUGUGAACCAGUACCUGGAAGAGAUGAGAUCUCCUGACGCUCAGGAUCCUUCAAUUCAAAGUCCCAUUAACCAGCUCUGCAAACGUUAUAACAUCAAAGUAUGGAGUUUCUCAGAGUAACUAUCAUCAUUACUGCCAUUCUGCACGGGAAUGUACUGUCCAAAACAAAACUGGUUCACAACCAUCUCCCAACCAACCAUCUGUGUUGAAAUGGAUCCAUGCAAGCAGAACUUCAUCACCUCAGCAUUAUCUGUUUGGCUUGUAAUAUAACAGACUACCCAGAAGUCUGCAUGACUCAAAAAAAAAGUAGCAGAAAAGCACAAGAGUAUUUAGUUCUCUCCCAAGCUAGCCGGUUCAACCUGGCUACAGAGAAGCCUCCGGAAUCAAGUAUCUCAGUGUCGAAACCUGUCCUGCAUCAUAGCACCUGUAUGUCUCAGCAUCCUCAUGUAUGCUCUUUCUGGACCAAGACUGGAUCAAUAAGGUUACCAUGUAUUAUCUCUGUUGGUAUGUUGUUGAAUGGCACAGUGGACCAGGGAGAAGUCUUGGACUUGAGUUGGGUGUAAUAACUAACUAACUAGGUAGAAAGGUUUAACAUAGUUUCCACUAAAGGUGCAGUAUCCCCGUUUUAUCAGGCCCCUUGACUCUCCGUUUGGUUCAUGUCUUUCAGCAGGGCUGUUCAUCUCGCAUUGGUGCUUGAUAUGCUAUGUUAUGGUCUGAUAGAGGGGACAGUAGACACCAAACUGAAUGGUGUUACAGAGGGGAGAGUAGACACCAAACUGAAUGGUGUUACAGAGGGGAGAGUAGACACCAAACUGAAUGGUGUUACAGAGGGGAGAGUAGACACCAAACUGAAUGGUGUUACAGAGGGGAGAGUAGACACCAAACUGAAUGGUGUUACAGAGGGGACAGUAGACACCAAACUGAAUGGUGUUACAGAGGGGGAGAGUAGACACCAAACUGAAUGGUGUUACAGAGGGGAGAGUAGACACCAAACUGAAUGGUGUGACAGAGGGGAGAGUAGACACCAAACUGAAUGGUGUUACAGAGGGGAGAGUAGACACCAAACUGAAUGGUGUUACAGAGGGGACAGUAGACACCAAACUGAAUGGUGUUACAGAGGGGAGAGUAGACACCAAACUGAAUGGUGUUACAGAGGGGAGAGUAGACACCAAACUGAAUGGUGUUACAGAGGGGACAGUAGACACCAAACUGAAUGGUGUUACAGAGGGGAGAGUAGACACCAAACUGAAUGGUGUUACAGAGGGGACAGUAGACACCAAACUGAAUGGUGUUACAGAGGGGAGAGUAGACACCAAACUGAAUGGUGUUACAGAGGGGAGAGUAGACACCAAACUGAAUGGUGUGACAGAGGGGAGAGUAGAGGCACAGUCAGACACCAGACUGAAUGGAACCACUGUCUAGCCGGCUGGACAUAUAGUUAGUGGCAGACAGACAGGCUUUUUAAAUAGCUAUAUUUUUAAACUGUGAGAAGUUUUCAUAAAUGACGCCAACUUGGUAAAGUACUUCUUGCCUUUGCUGGUUUGAUGCUCAGGUUUUCAGCUGAAGAUAGAGUGUUGUUUUAGUGUUCUGUACUGUAACAUUCUAAUGUUCUGUACUGUAACAUUCUAGUGUUCUGUUCUGUAACAUUCUAAUGUUCUGUACUGUAACAUUCUAAUGUUCUGUACUGUAACAUUCUAUGUUCCGUACUGUAACAUUCUAAUGUUCUGUACUGUAACAUUCUAAUGUUCUGUACUGUAACAUUCUAGUGUUCUGUACUGUAACAUUCUAUGUUCUGUGAUGUAACAUUCUAAUGUACUGUUCUGUAACAUUCUAAUGUUCUGUACUGUAACAUUAUAAUGUUCUGUACUGUAACAUUAUAAUGUUCUGUACUAUAACAUUCUAAUGUUCUGUACUGUAACAUUCUAAUGUUCUGUAGUGUAACAUUCUAAUGUUCUGUACUGUACUGUAACAUUAUAAUGUUCUGUUCUGUAACAUUCUAAUGUUCUGUUCUGUACUGUAACAUUCUAAUGUUCUGUACUGUAACAUUCUAAUGUUCUGUACUGUACUGUAACAUUAUAAUGUUCUGUACUGUAACAUUCUAAUGUUCUGUUCUGUAACAUUCUAAUGUUCUGUUCUGUACUGUAACAUUCUAAUGUUCUGUACUGUAACAUUCUAAUGUUCUGUAACAUUCUAAUGUUCUGUACUAUAACAUUCUAAUGUUCUGUACUGUAACAUUCUAAUGUUCUGUACUGUAACAUUCUAAUGUUCUGUUCUGUAACAUUCUAAUGUUCUGUACUGUACUGUAACAUUCUAGUGUUCUGUACUGUAACAUUCUAGUGUUCUGUUCUGUAACAUUCUAAUGUUCUGUACUGUAACAUUCUAAUGUUCUGUUCUGUAACAUUCUAAUGUACUGUACUGUAACAUUCUAGUGUUCUGUUCUGUAACAUUCUAAUGUACUGUACUGUAACAUUCUAGUGUUCUGUUCUGUAACAUUCUAAUGUACUGUACUGUAACAUUCUAGUGUUCUGUUCUGUAACAUUCUAAUGUACUGUACUGUAACAUUCUAGUGUUCUGUUCUGUAACAUUCUAGUGUACUGUACUGUAACAGUAUAAUGUACUGUUCUGUAACAUUCUAAUGUACUGUACUGUAACAGUAUAAUGUACUGUACUAGAGUGGUGUUUCAUAACCGGCUCCGUUCCAUACUGCAUCCCAAAUGGCGCCCUAUUCCCUAUAUAGUGCCACUGGUCAACAGUAUAUAGGGAAUAGGGCGCCAUUUGGGACGAACUCAUUUUAUAAUUUAGAAGACCAGCGGUCAGAUAGGAUUAUAAUUUGUCUCAUCUCAUCGCAGUCUUCCUUAGUACUAGUGACACUUCGUUUGUGUCGUCCUCUUUUAAAAGGGAUACUGCAUCUUGUGUGACUAGUAACACUAAAAUCAUUUUACCUUUACCUUUAUUUUACCUUUACCUGUAUGUGUUUCAGUGUCUGUGUAAAGCAUGUUUAUAUUAUUAGAUUAUGGCCAGUCAGGGUUUUAAGUCAAACAUCUGUACGAAACAUCGUCUUACAUUAAAUUAAAAAUGGAGAUCA